UCAGAUGAAGCUUUGGAGAAAGGCCUGGCCUCAUGAUCACCUGAAAGGGGUGGCCAUACUAUGUACAUUACAGUAGAGGCGCACUCUGAUGGCUGUUAGAUAAGGCACAUGCAGCAUGGCGCUCCGGAAGCGCAUUUAAUGUAGGCGCAAUGGGUUUAUGAGCAAACAGUGUGUAUAGCUCAGCUUCUAACGAUUCGGAUUUAUUUUUCAAUCCUGUGCUACAGUGCGGCUAUAUUUAGGUGCCGCAUGUGUCGCGGGCUUCACCAGAUGGAGAAAGGAUCCCUUUAACCCGCGGCAGCUGAGGACACGCCUCCCCGGCCGCCCCGACUGACAGUGCGGACGCCUUAGUUUAAGAGGGAACAAAAACUUUAUAUAAAUUUGUACUUUUUUUUGAUUGAACUGUUCACGAAUCCAAAUUAGGGACCUCGAGGUUUACUGAAUGUCACAGAUAUCAUUAUGACGCGAGAGGAGGACCUGAUCCGCAUUGCAAAAAAACUGGACAAGAUGGUGUCUAGAAAUAACACGGAGGGCGCUCUGGACCUGCUCAAGGAACUGAAGGGCUUCAACAUGACACUGAAGCUGCUUCAGGACACACGGAUUGGCAUGUCUGUGAAUGGCAUUAGGAAGCACUGCACAGAUGAGGAGGUUGUCACCCUGGCGAAAAUUCUUAUCAAGAACUGGAAAAGACUUCUGGAAACGGCUCAGUCUCAGGCAGCGGAGAAGCCAAAGGAAAAGAACAACAGGACAGACGCCAAAAAAACCACGGCAGGUGACAAUGAGGGGCAAGAAGGGAGGCCUUCAUCUGUAACGGAAUCGAGUCACAGGAAGCGUUUGGUAGAGGCGAAAGCAAACUUAAACUCUGAGAAGAAGCAUGCAUUUGAACACAGAAAGGAGAAGCACUCAGGGGAAGUCGUCAAGAAAGACAAGCGUACAGACGAACCCCAGAAAAAGCAGGAGAGGAGAGAUGAGCCUGAUCUUGGCGCUCUUUCUACUCCUGCUGUUAAUCCCCUUUCCAUACUGCCUUCCAAGCCCCCAGCCAUAGAAGCGAAGAAAGAGAGGAAAGGCACUCCUGACAUAAAUGGUCCCAUUGCUCCUUUCCCCCUGCACCUUCAUCCUUCUCUCCCUCCCAAACGUCCGUCAGUGGAAGGCAAGAGUGAAAGAAGGGAAACGCCGUUUUCCAAACGUUUGUCUCCGAAGCGGCCAUCCCACGAUUCAAAAAAAGAAAGGUCUGAAAUAAAGAAGGUUCUUAAAACAACACAUCCAACCCUGGCACAGGCAGCCAAACUACUACAGAAAAAGGACUCGACAGAUGAUAAUAAACCUCCAAGACAGUCCAAUGUGGAAACCAAAAAGGAAAGAAAAGAGUCAACAGAUUCAAAAGUUUUACCUGCUAAACGGCAAAGUCAGGAUGGGAAAAAGGACAGAAAGGACUCUGUGGACCUCAAGCCUUCACAUCCUGUGAAGCGGCAUUCGACUGACACUAAACCUGAGAGGAGAGAUUCCACCAGUUUAAAGAGUGGAAGUGGCCCUCCAGUGAAGAAGAUCACAGGAGACAGGAGGGAUUCGCAGGGACCCAAGUCCCCGAUUGCCGGAGCCCAACAGCGGAAGCCAUCUACGGACUGCAGUGAGAUGGGUAACAGUAAGGUCAAACCAGAGACGCCAAAGACACCCACCUCACCGACCAGCCCCGUGUCGCCUUCCUUCAGUCCCACGGGUGGCCCACUGCCCCCUCACUUGCUGACCGGGGACUCGGUUCGUGACAAAUGCAUCGAGAUGCUGGCUGCCGUGCUGCGCACAGAUGAUGACUACAAGGAUUUUGGCAUCAACUGCAACUCCAUGGCCGCAGAGAUCGAAUAUCACAUCUACCAGGAGAUUAAAGCCACAGACAUGAAGUAUAAGAACCGUGUGCGCAGUCGCAUCAGCAACCUCAAGGACCCCAAGAACCCUGACCUUCGCAAGAACGUCCUGGCGGGGGCCAUUGAGCUCAGCCGCAUCGCCAGUAUGACCGCAGAGGAGAUGGCCAGCGAUGAGCUGAAGCAGCUGAGGAACACCUUGACCCAGGAGGCCAUCCGGGAGCAUCAGAUGGCCAAGACUGGCGGCACCACCACUGACCUGCUACAGUGUGGCAAGUGCAAGAAGAAGAACUGCACAUACAACCAGGUGCAGACUCGCAGUGCUGAUGAGCCAAUGACUACCUUUGUGUUGUGCAACGAGUGUGGGAACCGUUGGAAGUUUUGCUAAUGAGAAACCAACAGGAUGAAAAUCAAGCCUUCAGUCUGAUCACAGAAAUAAUAAUCACUGGACAUUUGUUUCUGUCGGGGAUAGCAAAAAUGUAGUAUACAGCAUGAUUUUACAAGAUGUAGUUAAUCAUAAUUUGGAUUUAUACCUGGCUAUGAAAGAUUUCUAUGAUCACUGCAUGUAAUUUACUGGGUAAUACCUUUGAAUUCCAUUUCUGGAGUAUUUUUGGUAAUAUUUUUAGUCCAAUGAUUGUAAAGUUGAGUGAAUCGAUAUGUUACUGCAAAUGUUGAAGGAAAAACACUUUUCAUAUCAUUGUAAAUGUCAUUAUCCUAAAAGUUGUUUAACUUGAAUGUCUAAAUCAACGAAGUGGAUAUAAAAAGAGAAACAUUCAAAUAUUAUGCCUUCAAAGAUCAUAUUUUCCCAAAGGCUUUGGAAAGGCCUGGUUCGGCUUCACAUGCACUUAGUCAUUCUGAUGGACGGCUGCCGCAGUGUGAGCAGACUGCGAGAGAGAUGCCUUAACAGGGGGGAUCAUAAUCAGACCAGAAAUGUAUAAAAAUUUUGUAUAAAACUGAAACAAAUAAAGACCAUUUUAUUUAAA